GCUGUUGAGUGUGUGACCACAUGACGAUGUACCACAUGGCCAUGCCUCCCCACAUGGGGGGUCCCCAUCCCCCUACUGUACACUCCCCCUUGUUCCCCUCCCCAAUCCUACCCCCUCCAAUGGCACACAAUUAUGCUAUGCACACUUUCCCACAAACCCACAUAAUUCACCCACCCCAUUCGGCACAGCAGCCUCAUACAGCACAUUCGACUUCAGCAGCAGCAGCAGUUGCUGCUGCCAACAUAUCGGUACCAAUAGGUUCUGGGAAUUCCGCUAUGCUGACCCAUCCUUCUCCCAUGCUCUCGCAACCCUCUCCUAUAUACCCCUCCCAGACUUCUGUGUAUGUCAACCCUUACCUCAACCCUCCUUUGGCCCAUUCACAUACCCACUCACAUCCUCCCCAUCAGCACCCAUCUAGCAUGGGAUAUGGCAUGCCUACACCCAUGCAGGGAGGACCACCUCCACCAGGAAUGCUUCCCCCACAGCAACCCUCGAACCAGGCUGUCAGCUCUGCAAUCUCCACUGGGCCUGUCAUGUCAGUGGAUGAGGAACUCAUGGAAGAGAUGAACACUUUACAUCUGGGUUACAUUGAGACCGAGGACUCCCCACACAAGCUUGAGCAACGGGAGAAGUUGGAAAGAGUAAUAAUGGAGUACUUAGCAAUCACACCCCAUUCUCAUAAGUUCAUGUUUCACCAAAUAUCUGAUGUUCUGGAGAGAAGUAUCAACAGCAUUAAUGACUUCAGUGCAUAUAAUGCUGCCUGCGCAUUUGAUGCCCUGGCCCAGUAUGCAGCAAAUCUGAUAGCCCAGCCAUGGAGAAAGGAAUUUCGGGAACUGAAGCUCUAUAGUGGCUUUUGGGUUCAUCAAGUUGCACGUCACUUAGCUGGGGCUGAGACAGUCCUGGCCCUCAUGGGCUAUGUUCCCCGCAGCAGCACCUCCACAGGGUCCUCUGAGGGUGCCGAUCCUGCCUGCCUUGUUCUGGAAGGUGUUCUUGACCCUGACCUGAUUUCAAGGCUCUCCCUAGAUUGUUUGAUUGCUUACUGUGAAUGUCAGGUACUGAAGAAGAUCAGUGAAGGAGUGCGUGAAUUUGGUCUGACGUGGAGGCAAAUCCUGCAGUUCCGGCAAUUGCAUGUUGGAGGUGUUGAUGUCACUGUUAGGCACCUCCUCUUUACUCUGAGGCAGCGGUUACAACCACAAAUUCAGAAUGAAACCAGUCAUAGACAGACUCCGUCUUCAACUGGGCCACCCCUCCCAAUUCGUCAGGGAUCAACAGGAACAACUUCCAGCACGCCAGCUUCACUUGCAGCCACACAGCAGCCCCCAUCCUCAGUUCACACAACCCAGGACAAAUCCACUGGAGACCAGCGCAUUUCCCUGGAGCAGGCACGUUCGGGCCAAGUUGGGAUGGGUGCCAGCAGCAACAGCACAGUGGGAGACCAGCGAGGAGGAUAUCACCACCAUCACCAUCACUUCCACCACCUUCAUCACCACCCUACCAAUCAAGCUCCUCAGCACUCAGCCUCCACGGCAGUCUCCAGCCACAACUCCUUGUCAGCCUCACAGUCACCUGGCCCUCAGCCCGCCCCACCUCUCUCUUGCUCUCGCAGUGCUGAUACACCUGAUACUGCAAAAAGCAUAAGCAGCUUGGGAUUGGGGGCACCUGCUGGCCAGGUGCCUACUGCUAAACUUAUCGACCUUGACUCCACACAUGAAGCCUUACCUUCCCCAAGGGCAUCUCAGCUCUUACCAAAGGUACUUCCUCACAAAAGGAGUUCCAAGUCAACAGUAGCUGGCAGCCGCAUUCUACCUCCUUUAGAAAAUUCCGAGCCCUGCCCACCUGCUCCACCUCCACCAGAGGUGUUUCAGCCUGGCACCAUAGAUGAACAUCUAGAAGCCACUUUGUCCAUUGUGAAAGACCCCAAUAGAAACUCGGCUAGUCUUACCACCCCUAAUGAUCAGGGAGCAAGUUCCUGGGAGAACUGGGACUUUGUGUUUCGGGGCUUGGAGAAGAGAGGCUACAACAAAGACAUUGGUGACCGGGGAGACAUUCUCCACCAGAUGACCAGGCAGAAUUUGUAUUCAGAAACAGCACAAGGCAAGAAUAAUAAUCUGAAUAACAAGAAGGAUAUCACAAAAAACAAGCCUCUGUCCAUCAACCAAGCAUUGCAGGCAAUGGCACUUAAUGAGACCCGUGAAAGAGUGGAAAGACCCUCCAGUUCAAGCAAAAGUUCCCAUUCCUUAUCUCACAGUGGUGGCCCUGAUGUCUUCCCCAACCUUACCAAGAGGAACAGUUUGUACGAUAACAUCUCUGCUGGCUUUGAGACAGCACCUCAGGACAGCGAUGACUGUGAAGAAAGAAAGCUAGUUUUAAAGAAAACAAAUAACAUUAUGAGAACAGAAAAUAAAUUAGACCUGAGUAAUAAGAACAAUAUGAGUACUUCUUCAUCUCCAAGAAGUAUGAGCAUGAGCAGUAAGGGAUCACACUCCAGACAAGAACUCCCUUCAGAAACUUCUCGCUCUACCACAACUGCACUUACACUCCAGCAAGCCAGUAUCACCACCAGCACUCCCCAGUCGAGAGAAGCACUACCUUCCAAGGAAAGCUUUGUCCUCUCCCCAUGGGCAUGCUCUGCCUGUACGUUCCUAAAUGACAGGGACCGCAAUGUUUGUGACAUGUGUGGAAAAUCUCGCAUGCCUGGUCCAGAAGUGAAGCCUCUCAUUUCAGGGGGGCGACAGUGUCCGCAGUGCACUUUCAUAAAUGAGAGAGAUGCUCAGGAUUGUUCUGUAUGUGGAGAGCACCUGGAGGGGUCUUCCACAUACAUCUAAGAAAAAUUAAAGUGACAGAGAAAGUGAGCCAAAGUAUUCAUUGUUAGUUUUCCAGCAUUGUUCAAAUCUGGAUUUGCCAAAUGACCAUAAGUAUUGACAAGAGAUUUGUCACCUUUUUUUUUCUUUUUCAUGCUUCAUAUAAAAGAAAUUACCAUUAUCUGCAUAUUCACACUAUUGUGCAUUGUCAUAUAUUGAUUUUAUUGAAUUUUAUUUGUGUUGAUGAUUUUAUCAUAGUAAAUAUUUUCAUUUAUUUUUCAUAGUUGAAAAUUGUAACUAAUGUUUUAUAUGAUAUGAGGUAUGCGCCAUAUCUGAAAAAUUUAGAAUUAGCAUUGUUACUACAGUCUGUGAAGUAGUAAAGGAAAAUGCCAUAGAAUACCUCGUAUAGAUUGUAUAUUUUCAAAGUAGAUGCCAAGGUUAGACAAAUUUCAUUAUUCAGAUGUCAGACAGAUUAAAAACUAUACAGCCUAUGAGAGGUGAGUAUAAAUUUUAUGAAAGUUUAGUAUACCUCCUCUGCUGUUAAACAAAAAUAAAUUUCACUGUCCAUCAGGCUAGUUUCUUCUUUUUUUAAGGGAGGAGAUGCUCUUCAGGAAUUAUUUACCCCACUUUAGUUUUUACAUUUACUUAAAGAAUAUAUAUUAUUCAACUGUUAUAAAGCCUAUGUAUUUAACAGCAGUAUACCACAUCAUAUUUUGGAUAUACUUGGUGGUGUACAAAAGUAAUAAUGAGAUUGAUAAAGUAAUAAUUGCAGCUGUAAUGCCAUCUAUCACUUCUGCGCAUGUAAGACUUUCCUAGUAUUGCUUGCAGUAUGUCAUUACAAAUGGUAUUUUUUGAAUGUGUUGAUAUGCAGUUUACUUCCAUUUGUCUCAUUUUCAUGAGUCAGUUUCUUUGUCCUUUUUUCAUGAGCUUGUUUCAUCAGGACUUUCUUUAAAGAUGUAAAAAGUCAAGAGGUGGGCAACCCAAGUGUCAGAGAGAGAAAGGGAGACAGAUGAACAGACAUAUCAGCCUUGCAUAACAUUUUAUUUUUAUUUUUAUUUUUCAGAAUUCAUAUGCAUUAGAGCACAGAUGAGAGACUGAAAGGGGUGGAUAUGUGUGUAAAGUGUGAUGUAAUUACUGGUAGGUCCUUCCUUUAUCUCAGAAUUUGAUUUUAAUUCAGGCUUUUGUUUGUUCAGUUUGAACAGGUUUGGAGCAGACCAUUUUAGUAUAUUUUUUGUCAUUCACAGAAAUGAACUGAAUACUUUAUUAGGGAUGAAUGUAUGUAAGGCUUAUGUUUUUGUGUGUUUGCCUCAUGAUUAUCCUACUUAAUGAUUGCACUGCAUUUGGGUUGUGAUUUCUAGGAUGGAGAGUGUUUACAUUACUCAUUCUGAAUUGUGUUUGUGAGAACCGCAGUAAGCUUUUAUUUAUCAUUAUUAGUAGUAGUACUUUUUUCAUCAAAGAAACCCACCUCCAGCACAAGAGUAUAUUGAAUGAAAGAUUUUUAAUUUAUUAUUUUUAUUUUUAAAUGAAGAUGGCUUUAUAUAUAUUUUUCCCCAAAUAUGUUUUUAUCAUAAAGUUAUUGUAAGAACCCAUCAAGGAAAAGCUUUAAUAUAUAUAUAAAUAUAUACGCAUAUAUAUGGAAUGUUCACAAUGGCAUUAACCAAUUAAUAUUUUGCAGUCCGCCUGUAACCUGCUGUAUAGCAUGUGUUUGUCAUGUCAGUAUGUCACACAUCAGUGGUAUUGACGGAGAGUAACUAUAUGCCUUCAUAGAGAAACAGAUAACAAAAGCUGCAUGCUCUUAGAGUCAUGCAUCUAUUUAAGGAAAAGAUGCAGAAUUUUGAUAUGAUUUCUGUCACAGGAAUUCAGUUGAUUGUGGGUGAGACUGGGGGCCGAGUUCUUUCAACAAGUAAUUCUUAGUCAAGGAUUCUUUCUACUCUUCAGGAUGGAAUUAAAUAGGCAUCAGACAGUACCAUGCCAGAACAAUUAGGCUCAAGUGCUUGAAGUGUGUUCAUACUUUUAGGCUCUAGGUUAGUGUUAGGUGGUUCGAAAAGAUUUUGAGUUUUGAUUUAUUAAUGUACAUGUAUAUGUUGAGGUAAAUAUUUAACAGCAAUUAAGCUUC